AUGGCAGAACAACUUGCAAGAGGAAAUCAAUAUCAAUAUACAGCUAACUCAAAUCUUGUACUUCAAGCUAAUAGAUCUGAAUUACCUCGUAGAGAUCAUGAACCUUCAGGUGAGCCUGAAUCUUUAUGGGGCAAAAUUAAUCCUAAAGAAUUUGGUUCAAGAGCUGAACGGGCAUAUGGUUAUUCAAAUGUUUUGGCUGCCACUGAGUCUUAUGACGGUUUGUCAUACAGACCUAGAACAAAAGAAACCAGAGACACAUAUGAAUUAAUCUUAGCUUUUGUGCACCAGAAUCUUGUUGAUCAAGCUCAAGAUGUUAUUCUUAGUGCUACCGAUGACAUACUUCAAAUAUUAAAAGAUGAUAGCCUUAAAGAUUUUGAUAAAAAGAAAAAAAUAGAAUCUGAAAUUGGAGCUAUCUCAUCAGAAAGAUUUGCACAAUUAGUAAAUCUUGGAAAAAAAAUAUCAGAUUAUCAUGGCGGUAAUGCCAUGGAUUUGGAAAAAGAUGAAUACGCAGGUGAAAUUGAUGAUGAAUUAGGUGUGGCUGUUGUUUUUGACGAGGAAGAAGAGGAAGAUGACGAAUUUGGAAAAUAUGAAAUAGAAUCUGAGGACGAGGAAGAAGAUGAAGGUGGUGUAGAGGCUGAAACAGGCGGUGUGUUAGGUAAAAUAACUGGUAUACAAUCUGAUCAAAAGAUCUCUCCGCAUGAUAUUGAUGCCUUUUGGCUUCAACGUCUAAUAUCAAAUUAUUACCCUGAUCCACAUACUGCUCAAGAAAAAACUUCAAAUACAAUGCAGAUUCUUGCUUCAGAUAUUAAUAAACGUGAUUGUGAAAAUGAAUUGAUGAAAUUGUUCAAUUAUGACAAAUUUGAUUUGGUUAAAGUUUUAACAAGAAAUCGAGAAUUGAUAUUAUGGUGUACUAAAUUGGCUAGAGUUGGUGCAGAAGGUACAGAACGUCAAAGCAUCGAAGAAGAAAUGCAUAGUCAUGGAUUAGAAUGGAUUUUAAAAGCUCUUGGUGGUGAAAGGAUACGUAGAGGGGAAGGUGCUGCAAGAAAAGGUGUUGUUGAAGAUGCAAUGGAAAUAGAUCAAGAACCUUCUAUUGUACAUGGCCCUGUUCCACAAUCAAUAAAAGCUUCAUUACCUACUGGAAAAUCAUUAACACCCAAAGCUAUUAUAGACCUUGAUUCUUUAGCUUUUACGCAAGGUGGCCACUUAAUGUCCAAUAAAAAAUGUAAAUUGCCUGAUGGUUCAUUCAAACGAUCCAUGAAAGGCUACGAAGAAAUUCAUGUACCUGCUCCUAAAGUUAAACCUUUGGGUGCUGAUGAAAGAUAUAUUCCAAUUUCAGAAUUGCCAGCCUGGAGUCGUAAAGCCUUUUCAGGAGCAGAAAAACUUAAUCGCAUCCAAAGCAAGUUAUUCCCUGUUGCAUUUGGUGACGAUGAAAAUAUAUUACUUUGCGCCCCAACUGGUGCAGGUAAAACAAAUGUUGCCAUGCUGUGUGUUCUUAACGAAAUUCGAAAAUAUAUUGAUGAAGAAACUGGAAAAAUAGAUAUGGACUCGUUUAAGAUUGUUUAUAUUGCUCCAAUGAAGGCUCUUGUACAAGAAAUGGUUGGAAAUUUUGGUAGUCGAUUGGAAUCUUAUGGCAUUAAAGUUGCAGAAUUAACUGGUGAUCGACAACUCACUAAACAGCAAAUUUCUGAGACACAGAUGAUUGUAACAACGCCUGAAAAAUGGGAUGUUAUUACCAGAAAAGCAACGGAUCGCAGUUAUACUAAUCUUGUAAGGCUCAUUAUUAUUGAUGAAGUGCAUUUGCUUCAUGAUGAUCGUGGUCCUGUGCUUGAAAGUAUUGUAGCUCGUACAAUUCGCCACAUGGAACAAACUCAAGAACACAUUCGAUUGGUUGGACUUUCUGCUACACUUCCCAAUUAUGCUGACGUUGCAACAUUUUUACAUGUAGACCCUAAAAAAGGAUUAUUUUAUUUUGAUAAUACUUUUAGACCAUGCCCAUUAAAACAAGAAUUUGUAGGUGUAACUGAGAAAAAAGCUAUCAAAAGAUUUCAAGUCAUGAAUGAAUUAACAUAUCUAAAAGUGAUGGAUCAAGCUGGAAAAAAUCAAGUUCUUGUUUUUGUUCAUUCACGUAAAGAAACUGCAAAAACUGCAAAAACAAUAAGAGACAUGGCAUUAGAAAAACAGACUACAGGUCAAUUUCUUAGAGAAGAUUCUGCUAGCUGUGAAAUUUUGCGCGAUGAAGCAAAAACUGUCAAAGAUAAAAAUCUUCAAGACUUGUUACCUUAUGGUUUUGCUAUUCAUCAUGCAGGAAUGACAAGAAUCGAUCGUAAACUUGUUGAGGAAUUAUUUGCAGAUGGUCAUAUUCAAGUUCUUGUAUCUACAGCUACGUUAGCUUGGGGAGUCAAUUUACCUGCACAUACUGUGAUAAUCAAAGGUACACAAAUAUAUUCUCCUGAAAAAGGCCGUUGGGUUGAACUUAGUCCACAGGAUGUUCUUCAGAUGUUGGGACGUGCAGGCCGUCCACAAUAUGAUACAACUGGUGAAGGUAUUAUAAUAACUUCACACACAGAACUUCAAUAUUAUCUCUCUCUUUUGAAUCAACAACUACCGAUUGAAAGUCAAUUUAUUAGCAAAUUGGCUGAUCAUUUAAAUGCUGAAAUUGUAUUAGGUACUAUUAGAAACCGUGAAGAAGCAAUUCAAUGGUUGGGAUAUACUUAUCUUUAUGUUCGUAUGUUACGUAAUCCUACUCUUUAUGGCAUUUCACUAGACUAUUUGGAUGAAGAUCCUUAUCUUGAACAGAAACGUGCUGAUUUAAUUCAUUCAGCUUCAUUAUUGUUGGACAAAUCUAAUUUAAUCAAAUAUGAUAAAAAAACAGGUAGAUUCCAAGUUACCGAAUUAGGCCGUAUAGCUUCACAUUUUUAUAUAACACACACUUCAAUGGCGACCUAUAAUCAACAUUUGAAACCUAUGAUGGGCCACAUUGAACUUUUCCGUGUAUUUGCUCUAUCUGAUGAAUUUAAAUAUAUUCCGGUCCGUGAAGAAGAAAAACUUGAAUUGUCAAAAUUGCUUGAACGUGUCCCUGUUCCUGUUAAAGAAGGAAUUGAAGAACCAACAGCAAAAAUUAAUGUAUUAUUACAAGCCUAUAUCUCGUCAUUAAAGUUAGAAGGAUUUGCUUUAGUAUCGGAUAUGGUUUAUGUUACUCAAUCAGCUGGCAGAAUUCUUCGUGCUAUGUUUGAGAUUUGCCUUAAACACGGUUGGGCGCAACUCUCUAGGAGAGCUUUAAAUCUUUGCAAAAUGGUGGAAAAACGAAUGUGGCUUUCAAUGACACCAUUACGUCAAUUCAAACAAUUAUCAAUGGAAAUGAUAAAAAGAAUCGAGAAAAAAGAGUUUCCUUGGGAAAGAUAUUUUGAUUUGAAUGUUCAAGAAUUGGGCGAACUUAUUGGUGUACCUAAAGCUGGAAAAAUGCUUCAUAAACUUGUUCAUGAAUUUCCCAAAAUAAAUUUAGACAUGACUGUGCAGCCUAUAACAAGGUCAUUGUUGAAAAUUGAAUUAGAAAUUGAACCAGAUUUUCAAUGGGAUGAAAAGGUUCAUGGAAAUGCUGAGGCCUUUUGGAUUAUAGUUGAAGAUGUGGACGGAGAGGUUAUUCUUUACCAUGAUUUAUUUAUUCUAAAACAAAAAUAUGCAGAAGAUAAACAUUAUAUAAAAUUAACGGUGUCAUUGUUUGAACCUUUACCACCAAAUUAUUUUGUUUCUGUUAUUUCAGAUAGGUGGUUACACUGUGAAACAAAAUGGCCAAUUUCAUUUAAACAUCUGAUACUACCAAAAAAAUAUCCUCCUCACACUGAACUUCUUGAUUUACAACCAUUACCUGUUUCCGCUUUACAAAAUGAUGAAUAUGAGGCCGUUUACAAUGAAUGGGUUGAUAAGUUUAAUCCUAUUCAAACACAAGUAUUUAAUGCUUUGUACAAUUCAGAUGAUAAUGUAUUUGUUGGAGCACCUACAGGAAGUGGAAAAACUGUUUGUGCAGAGUUUGCAUUGCUCCGACUAUGGUCUAAACCAAAUCCUGGUCGAUGUGUAUAUAUUGCGCCAUUUCAAGAGGUUGUUGAUCGGCAGGUUGUUGAAUGGAAACAAAAAUUUGGCAGGAUUAAAGGUGGAAAGAACAUAGUAUCACUUACUGGUGAGACAAGUGCUGAUCUACGAUUGUUAGAAAGCGGCGAUGUAAUAUUUGCAACUCCAACUCAAUGGGAUGUCAUGUCACGUAGGUGGAAGCAACGAAAAAAUGUUCAAACAGUUUCUCUAUUUAUUUCCGACGAGUUGCAUUUAAUUGGAAGCGAUAUAGGACCAACAUAUGAAAUUAUUGUUUCUCGAAUGAGAUAUAUUGCACAUCAAACUAAAAAUUCAAUUCGGAUUAUUUGUCUGAGUACAUCACUUGCUAAUGCUCAAGACCUUGGAGAAUGGAUAGGGGCAAAGCCCCACACUAUAUUUAACUUUCAUCCUAGUGUUCGACCUGUUCCUUUAGAAAUACACAUACAAAGUUACAACAUCCCACAUUUUGCAUCAUUAAUGAUGGCUAUGUCUAAACCUACAUAUGUUGCAAUUACAACAUAUUCAGUAGACAAGCCAGCAAUUGUCUUUGUUCCUUCACGUAAACAGUGUCGCCUGACAGCUGUAGAUUUACUUACAUUUUGUGCAGCAGAUGGAUCAAACGAUCGUUUCCUCCAUGCCAACCACGAAGAUAUUGAAAAACAUCUAAGCAAUCUAAAUGAUAACGCAUUGGCAGCUACAUUGAGUCAUGGCGUUGGAUAUUAUCAUGAAGCUCUUAGUAAACAAGAUAAAAGGAUUGUAGAGCAAUUAUUUGAGAGUGGAGCUAUUCAAGUGGUUGUUGCUUCACGUGAUACCUGCUGGGGCUUGAAUUUAAAUUGUCACAUGGUUGUUAUUAUGGGAACUCAGUACUAUGAAGGAACAUCACACAUGUAUGCUGACUAUCCAAUAUCUGAUGUUCUUCAAAUGAUGGGUCGAGCUUGUCGUCCACGUCAAGAUGAUACAGGACGUUGUGUGCUUAUGUGUCAAGGAAUUAAAAAAGAUUUUUAUAAGAAAUUUUUAUAUGAAGCAUUACCGGUUGAGUCACAUUUACACAACUUUUUGCAUGAUCAUUUCAAUGCAGAGAUAGUCACCAAAACAAUAGAAAAUAAGCAAGAUGCAGUUGACUAUCUGACAUGGACAUUUUUGUAUCGCCGUAUGGUUGAAAAUCCCAAUUAUUAUAAUAUGCAAGGAUCUGACCAUAGACAUUUAUCAGACCAUUUGUCAGACCAAGUUGAAAAUACAGUGCUUCAACUUGCAGAGGCACAAUGUAUAACAAUCGAAGAUGAGUUAGACUUGGCACCUUUAAAUUUGGGAAUGAUUGCAGCUUAUUACAAUGUCAGCUAUGAAACUUUAGAAACAUAUUCUAAGGCCUUAACGGAAAAAACUAAACUCAAAGGACUUUUAGAUAUUAUUUCAGCUGCCAAAGAAUUCUUUUAUAUUCCAAUUCGACAUCAUGAAGACAUUGUUUUAAAAAGGAUUUAUGAUCGACUUCCAUUUAAACUUGGAAAUCCUGAUUUUAAUUCAACCAGAACAAAGACCAACAUUCUUUUACAAGCGCAUUUUUCAAGAACUCAGUUGCCACCAGAUUUUUCUAAUGGAUAUCUUAACCCAGCAAUAGCAGCAAUGGAAUUAGCACAAAUGUGUGUACAAGCUAUUUGGGAUCAAGAUUCACCAUUGAAACAAAUUCCAUACUUUACAACGGAUCUUAUUAAACGUUGUGAAAAAAAGGGAAUUGAAUCAGUAUUUGAUAUUAUAGAUUUGGACGAUGAUGAUCGAAACAGUUUACUUCAAAUGAACAAUAAACAACUUCGAGAAGUUGCUCGUUAUGUUAACAGGUAUCCAAAUAUAGAAUUUAACCAUGUUUUAUUGGACAAAGAUGAACUUGUGGCAAAUUCACAGGGUACCAUUGAAGUAUCAUUGAAUCGAGAUAUUGAUGAAGAGGACGAAGAAGAUUUUAAUAUAGGUCCAGUAAUUGCACCAUUCUUUCCGUUGAAAAAAGAUGAAGGGUGGUGGAUUGUAGUUGGUAUUUCAAAUGAUAAUUCAUUACUUGGCAUCAAACGUAUCACACUUAACAAACGGCUUAGAAUCAAAUUAGAUUUUACAUGUCCAAAUAAACCUGGCGAAUACAAAUUGAGAAUAUAUUUUAUGUCCGAUUCUUAUGUGGGAUGUGAUCAAGAAUUUGAUGUUGAUAUUGAUGUUAAAAAGGGUCCAGAUGCUGGCCAGGCUAAAUAA